GGCCUUGACCAGAUCUGGCUGCUCCUUGCCAUCUGCCUCGUCUGCCGCCUCCUGUGGAGGCUUGGUUUAUCAUUUUGAAAAGUUUCAAAGUUACUGAAAAGCUAAGUUGAAAGAAUAGUACAAUGAACACCCAUAUAUGCAUCACCCGAUUCUCCAACUGUCAACAUCUUGCCACAUUAGCUCGCCCUAUCUACCUAUCUAUCUACCUAUCUACCUAUCUAUCCGUCCGUCCAUCUGCCUAUCUCUCUAUCUAUCAUCUUCCUGAAUCACUUGAAUAACCUGCUGACACUUCAUCCCAAAUCCUCUUGCGUGUGUCCCCCAAGAACAAAGACAUCUUCCCCCCACAGCCAUAGUCUCAACCAUCACCCCUCAGGAAAUUUAAUCUUGAUGCCAUAAUAUUAUUCAAUAUAAGUUAUUCAAAUUUCCUCCAGGGUUCCCAAAGUGACCUUUAUAGAUGUCUCUUUUCUUUAAACCCAAGCCCUGCCACCUCCCCAGCUCCCCAACACCUGCUUUGGGCCCCCUGCAAUCCCACCACGUUCCAACCUCUAAGCCUUUCCCUGAGCUACGUCCUCUGCCCAGGCUGCCCUUCUACCAGCCCUGCUCUAAUUCCCUUUCUUGUUCUCUCUCUCUUUCUCUCACCCAAAGGGUUGCCAUCCUACCUGAAGCAUGCAAGCACCGUGGCAGGCGGGUUCUUCAGCCUCUACCACUUCUUCCAGCUGCACAUGGUUUGGGUCGUGCUGCUCAGCCUCCUGUGCUACCUCGUGCUGUUCCUCUGCCGACAUUCCUCCCAUCGCGGCGUCUUCCUCUCCGUCACCAUCCUCAUCUACCUACUCAUGGGUGAGAUGCACAUGGUGGACACCGUGACAUGGCACAAGAUGAGAGGGGCCCAGAUGAUUGUGGCCAUGAAGGCGGUGUCUCUGGGCUUCGACCUGGACCGGGGUGAGGUGGGUGCAGUGCCCUCGCCCGUGGAGUUCAUGGGCUACCUCUACUUCGUGGGCACCAUCGUCUUUGGGCCCUGGAUAUCCUUCCACAGCUACCUACAGGCCGUCCAAGGCCGCCCGCUGAGCCGCCGAUGGCUGCAGAAGGUGGCCCGGAGUCUGGCGCUGGCCCUGCUGUGCCUUGUGCUGUCCACCUGUGUGGGCCCCUACCUCUUCCCGUACUUCAUCCCCCUUGAUGGUGACCGCCUCCUUCGCAACAAGAAACGCAAAGCCAGGUGGCUGCGAGCCUAUGAGAGUGCUGUCUCCUUCCACUUCAGCAACUAUUUUGUGGGCUUUCUGUCCGAGGCCACGGCCACGUUGGCGGGGGCUGGCUUCACCGAGGAGAAGGAUCACCUGGAAUGGGACCUGACGGUCUCUAAGCCACUGAACGUGGAGCUGCCCCGGUCCAUGGUGGAAGUUGUCACAAGCUGGAACCUGCCCAUGUCUUAUUGGCUAAAUAACUAUGUUUUCAAGAAUGCUCUCCGCCUGGGGACCUUCUCAGCUGUGCUGGUCACCUAUGCAGCCAGCGCCCUCCUGCACGGCUUCAGCUUCCACCUGGCUGCGGUGCUGCUGUCCCUGGCGUUUAUCACUUACGUGGAGCACGUCCUCCGAAAGCGCCUGGCUCGGAUCCUCAGUGCCUGCAUCUUGUCGAAACGGUGCCCACCAGACUGUUCACACCAGCAUCGCUUGGGCCUGGGGGUGCGAGCCUUAAACCUGCUCUUUGGGGCCCUGGCCAUCUUCCACCUGGCCUACCUGGGCUCCCUGUUCGAUGUUGAUGUGGACGACACCACAGAGGAGCAGGGCUACGGCAUGGCAUACACUGUCCACAAAUGGUCAGAGCUCAGCUGGGCCAGUCACUGGGUCACUUUUGGAUGCUGGAUCUUCUACCGUCUCAUAGGCUGAGGCACAUCUGUGGACCCUCACAACUCUCUCAAGACCCCUUCUCAGGGUGCCAGCUCUGAUGGGGGAUGAGGGAAGGCCCUCUCUCUAAUUAUUGACCCUCUCUCCAUCCUUGACCCCCCCAACACCCAUACACACACACACACACACACACACACACACACACACACACACACA